CGGUGGUGUUAUGGGGUUGCACAAUCCCAUAAUGCCACAAUAUAUUUUGUAGAAUAUUUUAAACAGUAUUACCAGAAGUAUUUGGCGCUGUCUGGGCCCAUAACCUGUUUUCAAAUUUAUGUUUUAUAUUAUCUAGUUGCACAAUAUUAUAAAGACAACACAGGUUUUAAACACGUUUAACACAUAGCGAAAAAGCCAAGUAUUAUUUUAUUGCUUGAUAGUACCAAUAUAGAAAACAUAACAAAAAAGGGUAUCAUCGUUACCAACUUUAAACGCAUUUUAAUGUUGAAUCUUUAAUGAGUGUUCAAGACUGACCAGGUGAGAUUUCAAAACUGUCUCCGUGAGUGUUUUAGGAAAUAAAAACAAUCCAGAUUUCAAAACCGUGGGGGAUGAAAUGCAAAUUUCAAUGAACAAUAUAGGUUGUACCGUAAGCAUCAAAAUUUCAUUGAAACAUUUUCUCCACAACCACCUUGAUUUGUUACCGGAAAAUUUAUGGGAUUUCAGUAAUGAACAUGGAGAGAAGUUUCAUCAAGACUUGAAAGAGAUGGGAAAACGUUAUCAGGGCAGAUGGAAUGAAGUGAUGACGACAGACAACUAUUGGUCUUUAAAGAAAAAAAGGAUAGAAUUACACAGAAGACGAUCGAGAAAGCAAACUUUCAGCAAAAGAAAGUAUUAGCAGAGUCUCUGACGUCGUUAGUAUAAAUAUUACAUUAUUGUUAAUGGAAAAAUGGAUCUCAGAUAUUAAGUAUUAGCUCAAAUGAAUAAAAUCAUCCGAAAACUUUUUUUUCGAAGCCGAAUGUAAUCUAUGAAACUUAUUAUAAAAAACGUUAACAGGUUAGAAAGUAUUAUGUAGUUUUUCUUCCUUCUUUCUAUUACUUAAACAUGAUAUCUUCGAUUGUAUUCACAUUUCACAAGUUUAACAAUUAUGCUCUUUAAAAUGUUUAGUAUUUUUAUUUAAAUUGGGGGAAACAAUAGCUUAGUAGAAAUUUAUGAAUUUAUAACAAAAAAUUAUGUUAAUUCAAAAUCCGAGAACUUGGAUAUGCAAUAGAAAAGUACCCGAAAAGAUGAUAACAUAUUCAGAACAUCACAAUAUUUUUAUAAUUGUAAAAUGUGGCGUCGCCAACGCUGUAAACUGUUUUAAGAAUAGUUUUAUGUGUUGAAAUUGUUUUUCAUACUUUAUUUCUUUCACUUUCAGAUUAUUUCAAACCUGUUAUUUCAGUAUCUGGCAUUGGGCUUACCAACGAAUCGUUUAACCUAUAAUAUUAUACUCCUGUACGCAAGUCACCAACACCCAGUUAUUUUGUGUGUUUUCCGAUGUAUCCCGUACGGGAUAUAAACUGGUCUUAUUGAAAUUUCAAAAUUCGAAUCACUGUAACAAUUUCUUGUAGGUUUCGAUUAGGCUAAUUGUUAAAUGUUAGUACAGCUACAUUUUUCGAUAUUUUUCUAAUAUGCACAAAAAUGCACGUAGCACAUUUGCAUUAGCACAAAUGCUUAAUGCAAAAAUGCGGGUAAUUUCCAGAUUAGAUCCGAAUAUUCUUUUGCAACAUAUUUUAAAACUACAUUUGAUUCUUCCCAGGAUUUUCUUAAGACUUGUGUAUUUUUCAUCCCUUAAUUUUUCAAGAGAUUGGAACUUCACAAACUCAGUCUAAUUAGUGUUCACUUCUACUUCUCCAAUUGCUUAUUAAUUGUUUUGAAUGCUAAUUUAGCGUUGCAUGCAAAUCUAACAUUUAUAUUUAAUUAAAUUUUGUAUGUUUAUGUGAAUAAGGUGUCAGUUAAGUUUAAUAAACGUUAGUUGUGUGUCACAUUUAUUUGAAAACCGGUAUUUAUUUGCACACUUAUGUAAAAACACAAAAAAUUAAUAAAAUAAGUAGAAUAUUACGUAUAUUUCGUUCUUUAACAUUACUAGUUUUUUCACAUAUUCAAGAGUAAGAGGAAGAAUCGAGUUUCGAAUUAAUGGUCUCAAAGGGAAAAAUCUCGUUUUUCAGCGUUCUUGGAUUUCACACAAAUAUGGUCUUCCUGACUACACCAUUAUCACAAUUCAGAUUGCUUUUGGGCAGCUUUAUUCCCAGCUUAGUUGUUGAACCAGAACACUAUAAUAAAGUAUAUCCCAUAGCAAAGAACUUUAUGUACAUAUUAGAAGAAAGUGGUUAUUUCCAUUUACAAACAACUAAGCCCGACACCGUAGGUGUUAGUUUAAGAGACUCUGCAGUGGGACUAGCAGCCUACAUUCUCGAAAAAUUUUCCACUUGGACUGAUAAAGAUUGGCGAUCUUUGCCUGAUGGUAACCUUGAGAAAAAAUACUCUUUGACCAACCUCUUAGACAACGUUAUGAUAUACUGGGUUUCAGGAUCAAUCACUACAUCAAUGCGUUUAUACAGUGAAGCCUUCACUAAGCAAUAUUUAGGGCUUCAGAUAGACAGUGUACCCUGCAUUGUACCAACGGCUGUUGCAAAUUUUCCAAAUGAACUUUCUUAUACUCCAAAGAAAAUUGCCGAAGAUAAGUAUAGAAAUUUGGUACAGUUUAGUCAUCUACCGAGAGGUGGACAUUUUGCAGCCUUUGAAGAGCCUCAAUUGCUUGCUAACGAUUUGUGGGAUGCAGUGGAAAAUAUAAGAAAAAUUAGAUCUCAAUCUUUAAGUAAAGUCAAGAAAUAAUGAAAAAUUUGUAAAAUAUUUUAUGAAAUAAAUACAUUUAAAUAACAUCAUUCUGAAAAAUGUUCAUGCUUUUUGCAGCGCACUAAAAAUGUUCUACACAAUUUCUCCUUAUUGACAACUAAUUUAUACC